UAAUUACUUUUGGCCGUCAUUUCGGUUAAACCGUCACCACUAAUAAGAGCGGAAGUCAGAGGAACGUCUUUCUUCCUUCUUUUAUCUUUCUCGCUAAACGGAGACUUACUCCGCUGGUCCAGCUUCAUCACACUUGGUCACAGCCCUUCUGCCCCCAAAUAGGCUGGCGGAGCCGACGGCGAGGGUAGGGCAAGAAAGAAAGAAAGAAAGCUAGCUCGCCGUUUUCGAUUCCGAGGAGAACCAUCGAUUUCUCAGUCGGAAGUUCUUCAGAUCGUAAGAAAUUAGUGGUUUUGAUUCUGGGGAAAAGGGGUGUAUUUAGAGGGGGGGCCGGAAAGGAAUGAUCUUUUCUCAUUUCCUUGGUGUUCUUCCGUUUAGGGGGGGAAGAAAGCAAGCAGAAAUGGGGAGAUUGUUCAUAGAGGAUGCGAAGGGAGAGAAGGUGCUCAUGUGCAAGGGCUGCAGGGUCGAUUCCGCUUCCUACGAUGACAUCGAGUCCAAGGAGUUUCAGGGUCGCUAUGGCCGCGCUUAUCUCUUCAGGAAAGUGGUCAAUAUAGUAAUCGGAUCCAGCGAACCGCGAUUUCUUUCAAGCGGAUUUCAUGUUGUUAAUGACAUCUACUGCAGCUCUUGCAUGCAGCUAGUCGGUUGGAGAUAUGAGAUAGCUAAGGAGGAGAGCCAGAAGUACAAAGAAGGCAUGUUCAUCCUGGAAAAGGAGCGGAUGGAGAAAAAGGGUGGAUGAUGCUCAUAUGUAGUAAGCCUCAGUCACUACAUCGCCUUCAACAAUCGCAAACUGUUAAUAUCAUUCUGCUUCUGCUGUCAUAUGAAACAGCCUUUUGUGAUCCGAACUUAAGUCUUAAACACUAUUUUUUGCCAUCUAAGUAGAGGGUACUAUCAAACUAGUAGUAGAGGGGAAGCAAAUGUCAGAGCUAGGGGGCUUUCCUUUGGUAUAGUGAGUGGGAGAGGGCCAUUACUGUUGUUGAAGCUGAAUUCUGAUUCAUUUUGGUCCUUUUCCCUUUUAUAUUCGAUGUAAUAGACAAAGUUGGAGCCAUAGAUACCACCAAUUGUUUCUCAGAAACAGUCAGUUUUCGCAAUUAUGACUUGCUUUGGGGUAG